GUCGAGACGCCCAAGGGGGCGGGGCCAAAGCUGUGAGGGGCUGUGGGACCCCCCCCGGGUGUUGGGGCGGGACGGGACGAGAUGCUGCCGGCCUGGCUGUGGCCGCUGUGGCCCCUCCUGGCUCUGACCUCUGGGGGGUCCCCCCAGGCCCCCCAGCCCCAUUUUGGGGACCCCCCCCAGCCCCACAGCCACGAUUCCGAGGGGCUUUUUUGGGAUCACGCCGCCAUUUGGGGGGCGAAGGAGGCGCAGGAGCAGCGGGAGCUGCCCCCAGAAGAGUCCCGGAGACGGCUGGGGCUCCUGGUGGAUCUGAUGGACUCAGACAGCUCCGGGGGGGUCUCUGGGGAGGAGCUGCGGGCCUGGAUCCUUCGGAGGCACCGCGGAUCCCGGGAGGAAUCGCUGAGGAUCGAGAGAUCCCGGCUGGAUCUGGACGGCGACGGCGCCGUGGGAUGGGACGAGCUGCACCGGGAGAGCUUCGGAGACGGAGAGGAUUUUGGCGGCUCCCACCGGCGGCUCCUGCUCCGUUCCCGGCUCCGUUUCCAGGCGGCCGACGCCGACGGCGACCGGCGCCUCCGGGGGGAGGAGCUCGAGGCUUUCCUGCAUCCCGAGGAUUUCCAGCACCUCCUGCACCUCGUGGCUCAGGAGACCAUCGAGGACCUGGAUCAGAACGGGGACGGAUUGAUCCAGGUGGACGAAUACAUCGGACGGGUCCCUGAGCCGGGAGGAGAUUUUGGGGCGUUGGGAGCUUUUCGUGGGGAGCCGAGCCACGGACUACGGGCAGGACCUGCACAGGGCCCACGACGAGCUCUGACAUUCCCAAAACAUUCCCAAAAAUUCCCAAAACAUUCCCAAAAAUUCCCAAAAUAUCCCAAAAAUAUUCCCAAAAUAUCCCGAAAAUAUUCCCAAAAAAUCCCAUCCUGCCUUGAAAAAAUCUGGGAUUUUUGGGGGAAAAUAUGGAGGAAAAAAUGAAAUUUUUUGGCAAAUCCAAGAGCUUUGAGAGCCAAAAAAAUUCCCAAAAAAUUCCCAAAAUAUCCCAAAAAUAUUCCCCAAAAAUUCCAAAAAUAUUCCCAAAAAAUCCCUGGAAAAAUCCUGACCUCACCUGAAAAAAUCCGGGAUUUUUGGGGGAAAACAUGGAGGAAAAAAUGAAAUUUUUUGGCGAAUCCAAGAGCUCUGAGAGCCCCAAAAAUUCCCAAAAGAUUCCCAAAAAAUUCCCAAAAUAUCCCAAAAAUAUUCCCAAAAAAUCCCUGGAAAAAUCCUGACCUCGCCUGAAAAAAUCCGGGAUUUUUUGGGGAAAAUUUGGGGGAAUAAAUGGAAUUUUGAUGAGUUCAAAUUCCCAAAAAAUUCCCCAAAAAUUCCCAAAAUAUCCCAAAAAUAUUCCCAAAAAAUCUCUGAAAAAAUUCCCAAAAAAUCCCAUCCUGUCUUGAAAAAAUCUGGGAUUUUUGGGGGAAAAUAUGGAGGAAAAA